GCAGCUGCUCGCAGCCCUCGGCCCUUGCCCCCACCCAGCGCCAGCCAGACGGGGGAGGCAGAGCGCCGGAGGGUGGCGGCCUCCGGGGUCUCCGCUCCGGGAAGCCUCUCGGAGCCGGGGGCUUCGGUGACCGCGCAGGCUUUCCCGGGGCCGGGAGCCACUUAACAGCAGCCCAGCCGAGGCUCGGAUGCAAAAGUUAUUGGUGGCGGCUGCUACUAGCAGAGGACCGGAGUCGCUUGGAGAGGGGUUGUAAAAAUAGUCUCCAGGCGGAUUCUUUCUGAGAGUUUUCUAGCAAGGAGCACAUUCAAGGCCAGGCGGACUCUGUAACACCGUUUCUCUCGAAACAGCCAGAGGUGUUGUUGCUAAUGAGCUCUCUCUACUCCCUUCCUACAAUGAAAGACAAACCAGACCCCGGGUACCUGGAUGGAUUGGGAGCUGAAGUCUCAGAAACUUCCUGAUAAGUUGCCGAUGGCUACCAGCCAAGGCCGGAGGGUGGUUGUGCAGUUGUGUUGAGCACACAUCACACAUGAAAGGGCCCUUUAAAGAGCUGGAUUGAUUGGAAGGACAAAAAUUAAAAGCAAUCCGAUCCAGCCUCAUGCCAGAUCCCUGCGGACUCUCUCCGUCUCCCGUUUCCAUCCACGGUCACAAUUGGAGAGUCUGCCUGAUUUGAUCAGAUUCACCUCUGGGAGAGGGGUGAUGCCAAGAGUCCCUGGGACAUCCGGCCUCCGUCGCCCGGUAGAUGUGGCUUUUCCAUGCGGAGGCUGCACGUCCCGCCUGAGCCAGCCGCCGCCUCGCCAGGCCCCCUGUGGGCCGCGCCCCGGGGACUGUGCCGCCAUGCUGCGCCUGCUGGCCCUCCUCCUGCACUGCCUGCCACUGGCCUCCGGGGACUACGACAUCUGCAAAUCCUGGGUGACCACAGACGAAGGCCCCACCUGGGAGUUCUAUGCCUGCCAGCCCAAGGUGAUGCGCCUGAAGGACUACGUCAAGGUGAAGGUGGAGCCCUCCGGCAUCACGUGCGGAGACCCCCCGGAGAGAUUCUGCUCCCACGAGAACCCCUACCUGUGUAGCAACGAGUGUGACGCCUCCAACCCAGACCUGGCCCACCCGCCCCGGCUGAUGUUCGACUGGGAGGACGAGGGCCUGGCCACCUACUGGCAGAGCGUCACGUGGAGCCGCUACCCCAGCCCGCUGGAGGCCAACAUCACUCUGUCGUGGAACAAGAGCGUGGAGCUGACGGACGACGUGGUUGUUACUUUCGAGUACGGCCGGCCCACCGUCAUGGUCCUGGAGAAGUCGCUGGACAACGGGCGGACGUGGCAGCCCUACCAGUUCUACGCGGAGGACUGCAUGGAGGCCUUCGGCAUGCCCGCGCGGCGGGCGCGCGACCUGUCGGCGUCGGGCGCGCACCGGGUGCUCUGCACCGAGGAGUACUCGCGCUGGGCCGGCUCCAAGAAGGAGAAGCUCGUGCGCUUCGAGGUGCGGGACCGCUUCGCCAUCUUCGCCGGCCCCGACCUGCGCAACAUGGACAACCUGUACACGCGGCUGGAGAGCGCCAAGGGCCUCAAGGAGUUCUUCACCCUCACCGACCUGCGCAUGAGGCUGCUGCGGCCGGCGUUGGGCGGCACCUACGUGCAGCGGGAGAACCUCUACAAGUACUUCUACGCCAUCUCCAACAUCGAGGUCACCGGCAGGUGCAAGUGCAACCUGCACGCCAACCUGUGCUCCAUGCGCGACGGCAGCCUGCAGUGUGAGUGUGAGCACAACACCACGGGCCCCGACUGCGGCAAGUGCAAGAGGAGCUUCCGCACGCGGUCCUGGCGCGCCGGCUCCUACCUGCCGCUGCCCCACGGCUCCCCCAACGCGUGUGCCGCCGCGGGCUCCGCUGUCGGCAGCAUCAGCAGGUCCCGGAAAGACCCUGUCCCCAAAGUCCCUGUGGCCACUGUGGCCAUUGGGGGGGACCCCGCCACUCCUACCCCCCCAACAUCCACUGCCUGGGCCCCCGGGGCCCCCAGCACCCUACAGCCCACAGAGUGGAGCAGGCCGUCCACCGCUGCCCCGCUCUGGGCGAGCGCCCCUUGGCCCCAGGUGUCCUCCAGUGCAGAAGCUGCGGGCACCUCCGCUGUUGCCCCCGCCCCCGCCCCUGCCAAGGCCUCCAAACUUUUCCAGCUCAGGCCCAAAUCUCCUCAAGUGAUGCCUGUUGAAGAAUUCGAAGACUGCGAGUGCUACGGCCACUCCAACCGCUGCAGCUACAUCGACUUCCUGAACGUGGUGACCUGCGUCAGCUGCAAGCACAACACGCGGGGCCAGCACUGCCAGCACUGCCGCCUGGGCUACUACCGGAACGGCUCUGCGGAGCUGGACGACGAGAACGUGUGCAUCGAGUGUAACUGCAACCAGAUCGGCUCCGUGCACGACCGGUGCAACGAGACCGGCUUCUGCGAGUGCCGCGAGGGCGCGGCGGGGCCCAAGUGCGACGACUGCCUCCCCACGCACUACUGGCGCCAGGGCUGCUACCCCAACGUGUGCGACGACGACCAGCUGCUGUGCCAGAACGGGGGCACCUGCGUGCAGAACCAGCGCUGCGCCUGCCCGCGUGGCUACACCGGCGCGCGCUGCGAGCAGCCCCGCUGCGACCCCGGCGACGACGAGGGCGGCCUGGACUGCGACCGCGCGCCGGGGGCUGCCCCGCGCCCCGCCACCCUGCUCGGCUGCCUGCUGCUGCUGGGGCUGGCCGCCCGCCUGGACUGCUGAGCCCCGCGGAGGGCACCCCGGGCAGGGUGGGGGCCAGUCCGCGCGCCCUGCCGCGCCCUGCGCCCCUCGCCCGGAGAGCCGGGGGGCCCCGGGGGCCGGCGUCCGAGGCCUGGCGGCGAGAAGGGUGCGGCCUGAGCUGCUCCCAGGUGCUACUCAGCAGAGUCCUCCCGCCCCGUCCCCCAGCCCACCGCAGUCGCACCUGCCCUCGCCCCUGCACAGCAGCGGGGGACGCUGUGGGGUCCUGGCCCCAGCGGCCUGCGAUUUUGGUCUUAGUUUUUCUUUUAUAUUACCCACCGCCCCUUUCCUUUUUUUUUUUUUUUUUUUGCCGGCGGUGAGACAGAGGGUGGGGGGAAACGCUGAUCAUCCCACACCCUCAGAUUCUGCCUCCUGCCACACACACGACUGUUGCAGACACCCCCAACGCCUGUCCCUGGCUCACCACCAGCCAGCGGACCCAAAGUCCAGUUGCCUACAACUCUAGUCGCUGACGAUUCUCUGUUCUAGUCUUGGUUUUCCUUUGCAACCCACCAGACCCCAGGCCUUUCCAGAGGUCUGGUGACCAAGGAGUUCACUGUCUGGGGGAAUGCAGUUAAGACAGAGGGUUGGGAGGGCUGGACACUUCCUUUUGUAGAGAACUAUUUUUGUUUGUAUUAACUGCCCCUAUGAAGGAGGGACUGGGCUGGGAUGUUGGUCACCAUGGUGGGUGGUUGAUGGUGUAUAAUCUGACAGUAAAGAAUCUGCUCACUGCUGCCUCCAG